AUGUCGGACUUCGAAGACGUAUUGGACAGCGAGCCUCCCACCAUCGACCCCUAUGAGGUCUUGGGUGUGGAACGGACAGCAAAUCCUGACCAGAUCAAGGGCGCAUACCGGAAGGCCGCCCUUAAGAACCAUCCAGACAAGGUCCCUCAGGAUCAAAAGGAGCAAGCACACGAGAAGUUCCAGUCCAUCGCCUUUGCCUACGCCGUUCUCUCUGAUCCCGCCCGACGAAAGCGCUACGACACGACCGGUUCCACAGCCGAAUCGAUUGUGGACUCUGAGGGCUUCAACUGGAGCGAUUACUAUCGAGAACAAUACAAGGAGGCGGUCUCUGGCGAUGCUAUCGAGAAGUUUGCCAAGAAGUACAAGGGAUCCGACGAGGAGAAGGACGAUGUGCUUAUCGCAUACGAGCAAUGCGAGGGCGACAUGGACGAGCUGUACGAGAGGGUCAUCCUGAGCGAUGUGCUGGAGGACGACGAACGGUUUCGCAAGAUCAUCGAUGAGGCGAUCGAGAGCGAGGACGUGCCUAGCUUCCCCGCCUACACCAAGGAAACCAAGAAGAAGCGGGCCACACGAGUCAAGAAGGCUCGAGCGGAAGCUGCAGAGGCCGAGGAUUAUGCCAAAGAGCUCGGUGUACACGAUAAGCUGUUUGGCGAAAAGAAGGGAAAGAAGAAGAAGGGCAAGGGAAGUUCUGAGGAUGAUCUCGCGGCACUGAUCCAAAAGCGCCAGCAGGACCGCUCAGAAAGCUUCCUCGACCAUCUCGCUGAGAAGUAUGGUGCCAAGGAAAGCAAGGCCAAAAAGGGCAAGAAGAGGGUGAUAGAGGAAGAACCCUCUGAGGAGGCUUUCCAGGCAGCCGCUUCCAGGCUGCGGAGCUCCAAGAAGUCAAGACGGUGA